GUGUCCCCACUGCACUGCUGUGAGCUCCGUGCCCGUCCCUGUGCAUUGUUGCCUGCUGCCCAACCAGUGAAGCUGGUCAAAGGGAUAGAGAGCCACCAUGCCUCUCGAUAUCAACAUGUUUCGGCGGGAACCCGACCUGAUUCGGGAGUCGCAGAGGAGGCGAUUUCAGCCUGUGGAAAUUGUGGACGAGGUGAUCGACCUGGACACAAAAUGGAGGGAGAGCCGCUCUCGCAUCGACUUCCUCAACAAGGACAGGAACCGCUACCAAAAGGAGGUGACCAAGGCCAAGAAGGCCGGGGGGGAAGACCCCGAAAACGCGGCAAAGAUCAAGGAGGUUGCGAAGGAAGUCAAGAUCGUGGAAGCCAAGAUGGUUGAGCUGAGCCAGCAGGUGUCGAAGCUUUUGCCGAAGAUCGGGAACAUCGUAGCCGAUGACGUGCCGGUGUCUAACGACGAGGAGAAGGAUAACAAGGUGGUCAGCACGUUCGGACCUAUGCCUAGGGGGGAGAAGUACAUGCACCACCACGAGGUGUUGCAUCGGAUUGGGGGGUAUGAGCCGGAGAGGGGGGUAGGGGUGGCGGGACACCGUGCCUACUUCUUGCGCGACGCCGGGUUGCUCCUGAACCAAGCUCUCAUCAACUACGGCAUCGCGUUUCUUCGGAAGCGGAACUACUCGGUGCUUCAGCCUCCGUACUUCAUGUCAAAAGACGUCAUGGCAGGGGUAGCCCAGUUGGAGCAAUUCGACGAGGAACUCUACAAGGUUAGCGGCUCUGGCACCGAGGAAAAGUACCUCAUCGCUACCUCGGAGCAGCCGAUUUGUGCCUUCCACAAGGGGGAGUGGCUAGGCGAGUCCGACCUUCCUCUUAGAUAUGGAGGCGUGUCUACCUGCUUCCGCAAGGAGGCCGGAGCGCACGGCAAGGACACGUGGGGUAUCUUCCGCGUGCAUCAGUUCGAGAAGGUUGAGCAGUUCUGCAUCUGCGAGGGGGACCUGGAGAAGAGCGCGGCCAUGCAAGUCGAGAUGAGCAAGGCUUCGGAGGAGUUCUACCAGAGCCUUGGGUUAUCCUACCGGGUGGUGAACAUCGUGUCCGGCGAGCUCAACAACGCCGCCAUCAAGAAGUACGACCUGGAAGCCUGGUUUCCGGCGUACGAGGAGUUCAGAGAGCUCGUAUCGUGCUCCAACUGCACAGAUUACCAGAGCCGUGGUAUGGAGGUGCGCUCCGGCCACAAGAAGAUGGGGCAGGUGGAGAAGAAGUUUGUGCACAUGCUCAACUCUACGCUCUGCGCGACCACCCGGACCAUGUCGUGCAUCCUCGAGAACUACCAGACCCCCACCGGGGUAACGGUGCUCGUGCCCUUCAUGGGAGGCAUCACGUUCCUGGACUACGUCAAGGAACUGCCCAAGGGAAAACGCGAGGCCAAGGGCGCCACGAAGGGGGGAUACGCCACCUCAACAAAGAAACCCGCUUCCGCUCCCGCCCCCGCCCCCGCCCAUGCUCCCGCUCCCGCUCCCGCCGCUGCUAACGGAGGCUCCGCGGAAUCUAGUGCUCGUGGGCUGCCGGGUGUGGAGGAGGCGAAGGGGGGCUCUGAGGCUGACGCGAUCGCUGACAAGAUCACCGCAAAAGGACUGGAGAUCCGCGAGCUGAAGAAGUCCAAGCCAGACAAGGCCACCCUGAAGCCCCACAUCGACAGCCUCCUCGCACUGAAGACGGAGUACAAGGACAAGACCGGCAAGGAUUACGCGCCUAUCCCGGCUGCUGCUGGUACAGCAGCUGCUCCUGCCGCUGCCAGCAAGGCGGCAGAAGGAGGGUCUGCUGAAAAGGAAUCCCCGGCUGCCGCAGCCAUCACCGCCAAGAUCGUGGCUAAGGGAGACGAGAUCCGCGAGCUGAAGAAGUCCAAGCCCGACAAGGCCACGAUCCAGCCGCACAUUGAUGCUCUGAUUGCCCUCAAGACGCAGUACAAGGACGAGACCGGCAAGGUGUACGUUGCACCGGGGGCGACGGCGAAUGCCUCCUCCGGCGGUGGGGGCGGCUCGAAGAAGCAGUCCAAGAAGGCAGCGGCACCGGCAGAGCACAACGCUGGCAAGAAGAACAAGGGGGCUGGAGCUAAGGCAGGAGGAGGCGGGGAAGGGUCCGUGAGCCGAGGUCUCCCCGCUCCCCCCAAGGUCAAGGGUCCGGUCAUGGAGAACGGAAAGCCUCACUUGGAAAACCUCGCACAGCACCUGCUGGCGUUUUCCUACGUAGCAGGCGAGUGGUGGACCCCCGGAAAGGACGACGCCACUAUGUUCCAACUCCUGUCGGACAGCGCAGAGGCAAAGGCGCUGCCGGCGGUGUCGAGGUGGCUCGGCCACAUGGCUUCCUUCACCGAUGCCGAGCGGGGGGCUUGGCCAUGAUCACUCGCUCAACGUGCGUUCUUCGGGCUGUCCUCUUCGUAGCUUCUAGUGCUACUACGCUGGGUGGGCCCGGUUUUAGAUUCAUACCCCUAACCCUCACCCCUUGUGCUGGUGGCAGGAGGGGAUACGUUUUCCCCACAGAUUCGAGGCCAGUUAUCAACAACUGUAGGGGCCGAGCCUGUACGACCCGUGCGGCGUGUGUAUUGCCAUGCGCCAUGGGUAACCAGGCGGGCUGUUCGUUGAUGUUGCGUGGGCCCAACUCAUGGCUCGAACGGCAGGGUGAUCAUAUCACGCGCACACAUUCACACCUUCCCAACCCGAGAGCACGCCCACUACCUAGAGAAACCUUCGAGAGAGUGAGGGUCUACUCCUGGGCGUUCUCAGGAUGAUUGUUGGUUCAGGUUGCUGUCGGUGUGAUCUCUUCAGCACUGACGGUUUCGUGUCAGUUGUGCAUGCGGAGUAGCUUGACCCGUCUGGAGGUGGCCCUAUGCAUAUGUCAUUCUCCUCUUUUUCAUCUCUGUUCUAUAUCCGUCGCUAGACCUGGUGGGACGACUAUUUAUUCAGGAUAUAUUCUCAUUUACUCAUUGACUAACCCAACAGUCUGGGGUUACGAACAGCUGCUUUGACCGCGGUACUGCUUCCUUCGAAGACAAAAAAUAUUGGACAAAGUCAUGCCUGCCGUUGCUUUCCUGAGUAUCUCUUCGUUAACUUCAUGUCCAUCAAAGGCUUUGCUGCUGCCUAGCGUGGGCUACAUUAGUUGGGCGGGACCGCUUUCUUUCAAUCCGCGGGAAACUCGAAGGCUUGAGCCGAUUGAGUUUGGCCAGUAAGUUGUGAGCCUUAGCAUCUAUCGGCCAUGAUGCUAU